AUGGACAAAUUUAUAGUUGGUUAUUUUGUCUUCAGGUUAGAAGGUAAAGGAUUGUAUAAUUUUCCUACUGGUACAAGAUAUGAAGGUGAACUUAAAGACACCAUGUUCCAUGGAACAGGAACAUUAUUUUUUCCUAAUGGAAGUAAAUAUCAGGCUACCUGGGAGAAUGGAAUAGCAACAGAGGGUCAGUAUACGUUUGCUGAUGGUCUAGAAUAUAAAGAAGAAGGUUGGGAGUACUGUGAUGGGUAUGAUAGAAGGUUUUAUACAGAAAUAUGUAAUGGUUUACAACCUGCAGGUCGAUCUCAGUUAACAAAUCGUGUACCACCUAGAGAAAUACCAGAAGGUUGUUAUGACUGUGGUGAUGGUUUUUAUAAUCCUAUCUCUAGAGUUAUAAUAGAUUAUAAUCUUAAAUUCCUUAGAAAUGCUGAUGAUGAUGAACAUGAUUGGAUAGUAAAAACAUGUCGUAAAGGUUGGGAUGAGAUAGUCGGACCACAGCCUCAACUUACAACAUAA